AUGGCAUGGCGAACAACAUUGGCACGGAGCAACAACUGUGGCAUAACAAACAACACGGACACGGGGAAACAACUAGAAAUGGCGAACAAUAUGAACACGAAGCAACAACUAGACAUGGCGAACAACAUGAACACGAAGCAACAACUAGACAUGGCGAACAACAUCGACAAGGAGCAACAGCUAGGCUUCGCACUCCGGAAAAGAAAGGUUGGAGAAAGAAAUCUGGAGGGGAAAAUAGCGGGAAAAGAGAGGGCAGAGGACAGCGAGGGGAUCGAAAUGGGAGAGGGAAGAGGGGGAGAAGAGAGGGGGAAGAAGAGGGGAAGAGAGAGGGGGAGAAGAGAGGGGAAGAAGAGGGGGAGAGAGAGGGGGAAGAGAGAGGGGGAGAAGAGAGGGGAAGAAGAGGGAAGAGAGAGGGGGAGAAGAAGGGGAAGAGGGGGGGUAAGAGAGAGGGGGAAGAGAGAGGGGAAGAAGAGGGGAGAGGGGGGUAGAAGGGGAAGAGAGGGAGAAGAGUGGGGGAGAAAAAGGGGAGAAGAGGGGGUAGAAGAAGUUGAGGGUAGAAAAGAGAGGGGAGUUGGGGGUAGAAGAGGAAGGGAGAGGGUAGUGAGGGGUAGAAGUGGAGGAAGAGAGAGGGGAGUUGAGGGGUAG